GGCGCUGUGGUCUCUAUUCCAAACACUGCGCCAGAAACACCGUUAUAUAUUUUGUUUUUUCACUUUACAGUUGAAGACUUUUUUAAUUACCACAGCAACAUGCAUGGAUUACGCUUUGCUCGGUUGAGAUAUCUGAACAGGGAGUCCACAUGCGUUUUUGCCUGUUUGAAUGACUCAUGCUUCCUUUACUUAAAAGGUCUGUUUUGGUGAACAGGUCUAGCCCACUUGGGGUUUUUGUUUUGUUUUUUUUGAUUGAAUGCGCUCUUUUCCCACACACUAAAGUGAAUUCCUCUGCGCGCAAAUGAGACACUGAACGUGUUGUUGAACCACAGCAACACAUCGGAAAGUUCUGUGCUUUGGAUUUGGACUUGUUAUCAGCGCUGUUAUGGACGGACACUGGAUCAGUAUCUGCGCCUUCACGCUCACCACAAUUUUCCUUCAAGACUUAGCAGCUCUGAACCUGAGGAACGAGCUGUUGGGAAAGUGUGUGCAGGUGCAGGAUGGAGAAGCCAAUGAAAAGGUGACUUUGGAGGAGUGUAAACCAGGCUCACUCUUUCAGGAAUGGCAGUGGAACCCUGAGACACGCUUCUUGAUGAACCCACACACAGGAAAAUGCUUGACAGCUCUCAAAAUCCAAGAUCAGGGAACUGUGGGCCCCUUAGCAUGCAGAGCUGAAGAUGAUGAGACUCAGGCUUGGAGUUGCUCAAAAAAAGGCCACCUCACAUUGUACGGCAAGGGCUUCCAUUUGAGUGUGCGCUAUGACUCGUCCGAUAUUUUUCUUUCCACCGAGCGAGGGAAGAAUGCCAAGUGGAAAACACUGAAUAAGCGAAUGCCAUGUGAGGAGCCACCGAAUGAGCCUGAGAAGAUAGAACCAAAAAUUAUUGCUAAAAUUCACCUGUGGCAGCCUCAAGUAAAUGUGGACCUUGAUGCACCGAAACCCACUCAGUCAAACAGCAGCACUGAUGAUGGGGAAUCUGGUGCAUUUGGGAACCCUCUCACCAUAGAGCAUGGAAUGGAAUGGAAGGUGACCAUGCUGGUACUGAGCUCUCUUGCCCUCAUUAUUGGGACGGUCAUCCUUUUCCUGAACAUCUAUCAAAAUAGGCGAAAGAAGACUGUUGUGGUUCUUAAGUCAUACACAUCUAUUGGCGAAACCAGUCUACCUGGCUCCCCAGUUUCCAGCGAAAGAUCUCCUCUGACCAAACAUCCCAUGAAACCUCCCCGGUCUCCGUCCAUUCAGCGCGGGGAGAUCCUGGUUGAAUGGAAGGAUGGCACUGUUACGCCACUAUUCGACACCUACCAAACCUCCUAAAGAGCCAGAUUGGUGCCUUACUGCAACACAAAUGCUGCCAUACAGUACUCCUACUUCUGUUAUAUGAAACCUCAUCUGCCGCUUUUGACACUAAUGCAUUGUGCUACACUUAAGCAUGUAGUGUUUUUCUCUUUUUUAUGUAGCCACUGCACUAUUUAUUCUUUCAUGCAUAGUUUUAUUUGACUGCAGAAUGCACGAAUUAUGGCACAGAAAUUGUAAACAAUCAUAACGACUGGCCUCGUCACUUAGAAAAAGUGUUGCCCCUCAUCCUCCUUCCCAAGAUGGUAGAAUCAGUAUCAGUUGAUGUUUGGGUGGAGGUGCGUAUGAACCCGUGUGACCUGUGUGUGUUUGUGUGUGUGAGAAAAAGUGUGCGGAUUUGCAGAUCACAAGAGAACAGGUUGAGCUACAGUAUAAUUAGGCAGCAUUUCAGGGAAAUCAACAAAACUGUCACGAGACAGUGUUUCCAUGAAAGACUUCAUGUCUAGGAACAAAGUGUAAGAUUUUGUGAUGCUACAUGCUUUGACUGUGCCAGAAAAUGGAAACAGAUUGUUAACAGUUACUUUAAAAAAAACAACAACAACGUAUGUCAUGUGCAGUGUGUCCAUGAGGGUGCUUGUGUACUUGUGUACAUGAAUGUGUCCAUGUACUCAAGUACACAAGAAUGUGUGUCCAUGUACACAAGUCUGAGCACAACCUGAAGCAUAAUUUACUAAUCAACAGUGACAAUUUAGGGUUAAUGCAAUGAGUUACAUUCCUGCAGGUGCUCAUACCUGCGCUAGUCCCAACCUGCCAUAUUAGAAGCAAGCUCAUCUGUCUCAAUUAUAAAUUAAACCUGGGUGGUGUAGCCACUCUGUUCAGGCAUUAGCAUGUAGCCCUUUUGUUAGUGUGAGAAGCCUAUAAUUUAUUUACCAGCAAAUCAAAGCAAUAACCAAUAUCUCAUAUAUUUUAGAAUGUAUCCAUCCAUCCAUGCAUUUUCUGUACCGCUUAUCCUUCAGGGUUGCGGGGAACCUGGAGCAUAUCCCAGAGAGCAUGGGGCACAAGGUGGGGUACACCCUGGGUAGGGUCCCAGUCCAUCGCAGGGCACAAUCACAUACACAUUCACACAUCCAUUCGUACACUACUGACAUUUUGGACAUGCCAAUCAGCAUACCAUGCAUGUCCAUGCAUGGGGGAGGAAACUGGAGUACCCAGAGGAAGCCCCUGCAGCACGGGGAGAACGUGCAAGCUUCACACACACAGGGCUGUGGCUGGAAUUUGAACCCCCAACCCUGGAGGUGUGAGGUGAACGUGCUAACCACUAAGCCACCGUGCACCCAUGUUUUAGAAUGUAAUAAAUAUUAAUGAUAGGCCUCCAUGUCAGCUAUAUUUUUAUUAGCGUGUAUUAUCUCCAACAAUCUCACUAUAUUAGACAUGUUCUUGCUUGACUGCUGUUCAAGCAUCCUUUUUUUAUCUUAAAAAAAUACAUUCAAUCCGUAAUAUGUUAUUGUAGCCUUUUUAUGCCUUUUUCCUCCUCUCUUAUACCAAUCUUCGUACAUACAUACAGACCUUUCCAUCGAAAUACAUGAUUACAGCCUUGUCUUUGGAGGCCAAUUUGAAAAGUUAUAGCUAAUUUUAAUUUGGAUUUUCAUCAAUAUGUAUUUUUACUUGCUCUGUAAAAUUCUUAGAAAGACAUUAAGCGGUUGAAUCAUUUGAUCAAAACUAGUACUAAUAUUGAGUUUUAGCGUUAUAGGAAAAAGGGCAUAAGUGCUGCUAUGUUUUAAUCUUAACUACUUUCCUUGAAAACAAAAUAAUGAAUGUUUUCAGAGUGCAGGAUAAGAUUUUGCCUGAUUAUUUAUGCACUCCACCUUCCUCACUCUGUGAGCAAUCCACACAUAAUCCAGUGCUUCUGAAAAGAUGCUUAUUUUCAAUGAGAACAGACCAUCACCUCACCUGGCCUGGUUUUAUUUAUAGGCAUGUAUUUAUAGUAAAGGUAUUUAUCUAAUUCUAUCUAAUUUCACGUAACUCUGUCUGUUUAUCUAGUUCCUUCAUUACAGCACAGUUGCUUAAUCAUUAUUAUAUUGAACUGUGGUUGGAAGCAGCUGGGCUUUCAGAAAACGUGAUUCAUUUUUCAAGUGGCUUUAAUAUAUAAUUGCCAUGAAACUUAUAGGAUAGACAGCUAACAGACAGUUUUGAUCCUCUAGAGAUUAUGAGUACGAUUGAGAUAAAAGAUAAGAUAAAAAAACUACAGUGGUGCUUGAAAGUUUGUUAACCCUUUAGAAUUGUCUAUAUUUCUGUAUAAAUAUGACCUAAAACAUCGUCAGAUUUUCACACAAGCCCUAAAAGUAGAUAAAUAGAACCCAGUUAAUCAAAUGAGACAAAAAUAUUAUACUAGUUCAUUAUACUUGUUCAUUUAUUUAUUGAGGAAAAUGAUACGAUAUGACAUAUCUGUGAGUGGCAAAAGGAUGUGAACUUUUGCAUUCAGUAUCUGGUGUGACCCCCUUGUAACUGCAACUAAAUGUUUCCGAUAACUGUUGAUCAGUCCUGCACAUCGGCUUGGAGGAAUUUUAGCCCAUUCCAUUUAGUUGCUUGGAAGUUACUCUGGGUUCCUUUGUGACCUUGUGGACUAUUAUAUGUCUUGCUCUUGGAGUGAUCUUUGUGGUUGAUCACUCCUGGUGAGGAUAACACUUUCCUCCAUUUGUACACAAUCUAUCUGACUGUGGAUUGGUGGAGUCUAAACUCUUUAAAAAUGUUUUUGUAACUUUUCCAGUCUGAUGAGCCUCAACAGCUCUUUUUCUGAGGUCCUCAGAAAUCUCCUUUGUUCAUGUCAUGAUACACUUCAGACUUCAGAUCCCUGUUCCUUAAAUAAAACAGCAUGCUCACUCACACCUGAUUGUCAUCACACUGAUUGAAAACACCUGACUCAAAUUUCACCUUCAAAUUAAACUGCUAAUCCUAGAGGUUCACAUACUUUUGACACUCAUAGAUAUGUAAUAUUUCAUCAUUUUCCUCAAUGAAUAAAUGACCAAGUAUAAUAUUUUUUGUUUAAUUGUAUUCUCUUUGUCUAGUUUUAGGACUUUGUGAAAAUCUGAUGAUGUUUUAGGUCAUUUAUGCAGAUAUAUAAACAAUUCAGAAACUUUCAAGCACCACUGUACAUAAAUGAUAGUUUACUUGUGAUUUGUUUGUAAUUUUUAACCCUGAUUUGAUCUUGAUAUAUGUAUCUGUAUGUUUGAGAGCUUUGCUAUGAAUAAAGUUGGACUAAUGAAAUGACAGAAUGAAAGCUCUGCAGAUGUUUGUGGUCUGUUUGUUUACUGUUUCCAAGAGCUUUCUGGAAUUAGACAGUGGCGUGUUAAGACCAGUCUCUUCCAUUCCAGAGUGGAAUCCCAGCUCCAUGUGUUAAAUUCAUAUAGAACAUAACAGGAUUGAAGUAGGAAAGAGGCAUGUAAAGACACACCUGUAGCUUGCAGUCAGGGAAUGUCUUGAUGUUUGCAAGUCUGAACAAAGACCCAGAUUUCUGAGUGAGAUCAGUUGCAAACGUUCGUGCGAGAAGAGUUUCCUUUACAAACCUGUUUUGCUACUAUUUAUUUUUUUGCAGUACUGCUCUAUUAAAUUUAAAAAAAGACACAAACAGCUUCACAAGCUAUAGGGAUUAUACAAAAUGGGACAGGGAUUUGACAAAAUGAAACAAAAUUACAAAGUUUACUUUACUCUUGGUUUUCAAAUUUUUAUAGUAUUACAGCGCAAAGAAACUGGCAAUCACAGUGACUUACACUGUCAGUGUAAACAUCAUUUGCUGGCUAAUAACCUAAAACUAAACAAUAAUAGUUACUGUCUGCAAAUCUUCCAUCUAUAUUGGAAGCUUUCUUGGCAUUAAUGGUAGAUUGGUGGAUUGGCAGUGGAGAUGCGGCAACCUAAGUGAGGAUCUGCUCUCCCACAGGGCAAAAUGUCCUGAUAAGAGAACAUAACAGAUCGUCUCCACCCAAAUAAUUGGGCUGUUUGGAUCCAAGCCUUUUAGGGUAGAGACUGUCCUAGUUCUGUAUACAUAUCUGCUGCCAUGACGUACUUGAUUUUCUUUUUUACCCUGGAGACUAGUGGUAUAGAUAUCAUAUGGGGUCUUUAGACACUGGCAGUGCAUUUUGUCAAAACUGAGGGUGUCUGAUGCUGAUCUGCAAAGCACAUCACAGUUGGUUGGGUUUGUUAGUUACUUUGGGCCGGAACAUCUGAUAAUGCUUCCUUUCAAUUAUGUCUCCUCUUUAACAUAAAUAUAGUACAGAGGUGAAGAUAUAAUCAGAGCUUAAAUCCUAAAAUAGGUUUAGGAAAUUGUUUGUUUCAAGCAAUGUGCUUUGAAGAUUCCAGAGAAAAGGGACACUAAUGGAUGGCAUGUUGGUUUUCAAAUUCUCAAAGCGGAAGUGGCUUAUAGAGAAGAGCUAAGGAAAAAAAAAAGACAUACAAAGCAGCGAUUCAUUGUCGAAGCAGCACUUGUACUGAGGAAGGGUAAAAUGAAAAUAUGUUAUAGGAAUAAUUUGGAUUUAAUGCUAGUAAUCCUACAGUUUGUUCGUCAAGACCACAGUAUUCAUGAAAAAUUGACAGAUUAGAUUACAACAACAACAAUAAUAAUAAUAAUAAUAAUAAUAAUAAUAAUAAUAAUAAAAAUAUCUAUAUCAUAUAAGCACAAUAUUUGUUUUGCUCAUAUCAGAUUUAUACAUGGACUAAUAAUUUCUGCAGAAAAGAAGGUUCUUCCUUUAUUUAGCAAAACAACAUUAUUUUUGUGUUAGAUGAAAUCUAGCUUUUCCUUUGUAAUUCUUCUAUUGCAUAACUAGUCUUUUCCCUACUUUUUAUUCUUUUCUUCAAACGUGUGUCCAAGAGACCAGCUAUCUGAUAAGAAAAUUACUUUUCUCCAGCCAAACCUGCGUCUACUGUUACAGUAGAUUAUGACUUUUUUUUUUCUUACAUGAGUAGUCAGUGUUUUAUAGAACCUUUGCAAGUGACUCAUUAAAAAAAGGAAGACCACAAAAGGUGACAGAAGUUAAUAUACAUUUUGUACCACAUGGUUUUGAUGAGCCAUAUUUAUACAGGAGGCCAACUUCUUUGGAUGGUAGUGGAAAAAAAACCCAGUGGUAUUCUGUACUCUAAACUCUCCAUCUGGAGGUAAAAUGAUGAAAGGAGUUUUACAGCCUGGCAUUCAUGACUUUGGAAACAUGUUUCAGGACUUUAUCUCACUACAGAUUUCCAGGUCUGUGUUUUUCACAUAUGGGCAGCAUAUGGCUGACCAACACCCUCUAGGUGUCCACGGCUACAGUCUUGGCAUGAGAGUUUACUACUGGAGGAUAGUCCACUAAAAUGCCUUUUAUGGUGCAAAGUAAGCAAGCAUCAUAAAUCUUGACAUUUGGUUCUUAUGUCUUCAAUUUCCCAAGGCAACACAACACAAACAUUAUGUCAACAAGACUCAAAUAUGAUAGCUUCGGUGUGAGCAUUUUGGGCUUUCAGCUGAAAGACAGUUUUAGGGCACUUGCACCAGGUGAGGCUCAUCCUACAGAACCACUUUUCUACUUUAUAUCCUUAAAUAUACAUUUUCCUUUUUCUACCAAAUUAAACUCUCAAAAAUCAGUAGUGACAAUGGCCACAAUCACUCAAUUAAGUAACUGACUGAAGAUAAAGAUGUAUGCCAAAUUCACAGUAUGAUAAUUAUACAACCUGAUAAAACUUUUCAUUAUAUGCCAGUUUUCAUUAUAUCACAGUAUAAUGCAGUUAUAAGAGGAAAAAAAAACACUCGGUGUGGUAUAAAUUCUAUACAUAGCAUUUAUGAAGGGACCACACCUUAAAUGUGUUAAUUCAUCUUCAGUAUGUGCUUUAUCUUGUCAUGGUUGUGUUGGAUCCGGAGCUUAUCUCAGAAACACUUGGCAUGAGGCAAGAGUACACCCUGCAUGGGAUGCCAGAGUAUUCCAGGGCACCAUGCAUAAAUGCAUUUACACACUCAUUCACACCUAGGGACAGUUUAGAGCAAUUUAUUUGCAUGUUUUAGGAACCCACAGAACGUCAGACAUUCCCUGUGUUAACUGUGCUCUGAUGUCAUUGACACCACACGUUUGGCGUGCAUGUAUAGAUCCUCAUUCAGAGUCUACUCUGACUUGUGCCCUGCAACUUGAACAACUCUGUAGAUGCCAACGCCUAUGCCUAACAUUAACUGAUAAGCACAGAACUCUGACUUCAUUUCUAGGUGAAUUAUUAACUUGGCAGCUGAAAUCGAUUUAGGAGCUGAGACCACAGGAGCUCAUGUUCAGCGGAGGCUUGCAGUUGGAGUGCAAUGUUGAGCUCUGAUGUCAGUAAUAUCUGAAAAUGGAUCUGGGUUGCUCCCCUCUAAGGGGCUGGGUAGUUUGCCACUAACAGACACUAAUCUAGCCAUGGCAGCCACUCCUUCAACAGCAGCAGCCUGAGUAGGAACAGACACCAAAUGUGCAUUUGUGCUAUAGAAUGCCACAGUGCAAGAACUUUAUUAAGAGCUGUAAAGGUUGUUUUUUUUGACAGACAGCACACCUGUACCCAAACUCUGUGGCACAUGUUAUAAUGAAUAUGAUGGGUCACUAUCAGGUCUGGCUGUGCCACAUGCCUGCUGUUGAUGCACUGAUGAUGCUCUACUGAGAACUUACAAUAUUACAUUGCAUGUGGCAAGUCCUGGAAAUAAAUGAGCCAUUUCACUGCCAGCAUUAAAACUAAUCACUUUAAACUGCCAAAGUUGAUUCAACAACACCUAUCUCCUAUCAGUGAGACAUCUAGGCCAAGAUUCUUGGUUUCUUCACCAAACAGGUUUACAUGCUAGGGCAUUAGCACUGUUCAUGGUGGAAAGCCUCUGAUAUUCUGUUAUUGUAGUACCAUAUGUAGUUAAUAUUUUCCCAAACACACAAAUGCUUCAAACCUGGAUUUUCACACUUCAAUAAAGAUAA